CGUCGGAAUAGGGAGGGGCAGAGUAGGAGGGCGAUGCUUGCUUGCUUGCCGAGUGGGGCGGGGCACCUGAAGAUGGCAAUGAUCAGAGUGCUGCGACAAUUCUAUACCGCGUCUUGUUGCCUAUCUGAUGAUGGACUGCGAUCUGGAUCUGCGCAGGGUCUGUUUGCAUCCAUCAUUCGAUGGCCUGCUCUCUCGCUUUUGCAGCAGCAGCCGAAGUCGAGGUUUAGCUUUGACAGAGAGUGAAAUCAGAAAAAAAACAAACAGGGUGGAAAAAGACGAAGAAACGACGCCGUAGAGUAAGUAGUAGGAAGGAAUCCGGGGUGCUCGGUCUUGAUGACCGCGGUAGUGGCAGUGCCAGUGGCAGUGGCGCCUUCGUUUAUGUUCUUACAGCAGGGCAGGCUCCAUGCUUCACCUGAGCGAGCCGCGUUUCGUUGCCCAUCCUUUUCUGUCCAUCUUUGCAACAAUUACCAGGUUUCCUUCUGCGCGCUGCGACCAGGCAGGCAUAGCUGGAUUUUGGUCUGCGUGGCGUUCAAACUAAGCAUAUUUCUCGGAUUUCUGGAGGAGUGUGAUUCGAUCGAAGCUUUUUCGAACGUCGCUUCUUGGAUGCUGUGAUGUUACGGAAAAGAAAUACCCCGUGUACUGGUCUGGCGGAUGGUCUUUAUUUAUUUUUUAAUUUUUUUUCACGUGUAUUGAAUGAAUUAGAGUUGAUGAAUCCCGGUUGAUGUUGGUUGAGUGACGAGUUGGUUGGGAAAGAGCAUAGAGAGAGGUUGAAGAAGUCGUUACCAGACGAUGAGAGAGGUAGGUUGAGACAACGAGUCGCAGAUGGCGGAAGAGAAGGGCUGUGUAGUCUUGCACUGUUGAUGUGGAGACCACAAGAGACGACUGGGACACAAGCGCCAGGGUGGAGUCCAGUCGAACGGGUGGCUUGCCGUUUUCUUUUUCAUUUACUGUAUUCAGCGGAGGGUGGAAGUCGACGCUGCAGAGGGCAUGAGGCAGGCGGUCGUCGUCGUCGUUGUUAGUGUUGUUUUUUACCGGUUUUUCUCCUUAAAAUCCUGGUCAAACUGGGAAAGGGACCCACAGAGGCCGAUCCUCUCAAUUGCGAUUGCUUGCAUUGCUUUGAUUACGGACUUUCGGGAUUAGUAGACAGCGUCUGUUGUGCGGGUGGAGUGGUAGAUUGAAUUCCUGUGCACGUGCAAUACAAAUCUUGGUUUGAAUUGGAUUCCUCUUCUUAUCCCUUCUUCUUGUCCCUUCUUCCUUUGUUGUUUUCUCACCUUCUUCAUCUUCUUCGUUCGUUCCUGUCUCUCUUAUUUAUUCAUUAAACUUCUUUCGUUUUAAUUGAUUUUACCUUACGUUGUAACGUUUUUUUCCUCCCCUGCGCUGAAUUUCUAAGGAUUUGCUGCGAAUUUGGGUGCGAUAGGCGGAGUGGGGGAGAGGGAGGUCAAAGAUAAGCCAAAGAAUUCGUUGUUGUAAUGAGCAUUUCAUGGAGGAGCUGUACAUACCGUCUGCGGUGUUGCUCUCUAUGCUCGGGUGUGCUUGGCUUCUCACCGUCCAAGCUACCUCUGUGAAUAAUUUUGCUUCGAAAUCGUCUACCCUGAGCUGAUACAAGCUUAAUUUUCGCUUCUGUACUUCGCAUUUUCGCUGAUCAAUCACUCCAGAAGUAGUCCAUCUCCAUCGUGGAGAAACGGGCACACGCGUUUCGGGAGUUUCCAAAUACCUCGUUUCUUGUUCUCGCUACGGCUGUGUAUUCUUGUUUCAAAUUUCAAGAUUGUGGCUAGGCGUCGAUUCUCACUUCUGAUAUUCAAGAGCUGUAGCGCUCAUUCUUAUUCUACGCCUUCUCCAUCAUUGCCACGGAUUUAUGUAGGUGGUGUACGCUGGACUGUACAUCCAGAGUUUCUUAUAGAGCAGCUGUGUACAUAAUCGGUCGCCUCCCCCCUUUUUUUUAUUUAUAUUUUUUUUAGGUUCUUUUCUCAUCUAUUCUUUGCUGUUGCAUGUUUUUAUGAAAGACUGGUGAUCCUGCUGGAGUAUCGUGCAAUUCUGGCUUUUAGCUAUUGGUAGUCCUUGUAUAGUUUUGGUAACCAAUUGAGCAUCCUUCACUUAACCACAGCCAGGGAUGAAACUUUCAGUCUGCCUCGGUCUACAGAUGGUUGUGGGAUAUGUAAGGUCACGCGCACUGCUGAAGUAGGGAUUUGAUGCUGGCCAUCAUCCGGAUUCACUCAGAGUUUGAAGGGGUCAAGUGUGAAGACUUUCGACUCUACAUAUUGCUACAUGAAGAAAGUUCCAGUUCCUCGAAAACAGAAGAUUUUUGUUACUGAUAAGAGCAUGCAUAGACGUAGUAGGAGCCUGGGCUUUUAUCAAGCAAAAGUAUUUGUGAUCUGACGCUCGUGUCGACACUGUUUGGAUAAGAAGUAUUCUUCAACUUCCUAGAGCAGCUGAUUAUGCAAUAGAAGCUAUGGGGAUGGAGGACAAGGCGUGGAUAAUGGAUGUAGGCAAAUGCAUAAGGCAUAGCGGCGCACAACCUGGGGGUGGCAUAUGUGCAGUGUGUUUACAGGAAAAGCUGAUGCUGCUAUGGCGGGGUGAAGGGAACUCAAAGUGGAACACAGAAGACUUUUCCAUCACGCCGCCUCUAGUCCAUGAUAGUUGUCAUACCCCCCUUGCGUGCGAUUCAUCGGCUGCUAAAGCACACCCUGUUUACAAAUCAGGAUCAGCUUGCUUUCCUCUUGUCUUUCGCAUCCAAAGUUUUCAACGAGAUGAUGUGCACGAGUCUAGCAAGUCCAGCAAGGGUUUGGAACGAGAAAAGAUUGACAGGGGUUACUCCGGCUUGGAUGUCGGCGACGCUGACGAUCAUUCGCACCAAUUUUCUUGCGAAAUCAAGUCAAUCAUGAAAGAUUUGGCAGCUCUGCACGAGAAGAAGAAGUUGGAGAAAGCAGAGAAGAGACAAUCUGGAAUCGAAAGUGGGUGUAUCUCGGCCCGCCGCCACCAAUAUGAGGAAGCUGCUGCUGAGUUGUCACAGGCCUCCGUUUCUAAAGCUCCUGCUUUAAGAGUUACAGAUGCAGUGCCUGCUGAUUAUCAUGUGCCAAAAGCUAAAGCAAGCAUUAUCGAAGAUGAGGUCGAGAAUGGAAGACUCGCCAAGGCUACUUUAUGCUUCAGCGCGUUGUGGCCAGGUCAACUGCGAUCAAAAUUGAACAUGAAGUGGGCAAAAGUUUUGGUAAACCCAGUAUUAUCCAGUAACAAGAUAGUCCCUAGCAAGUCAGACUUGGCAAAGACAGUAAAUGGACGUUCCAAAGUCGCCGUUGAAGAGACAGUAGGGGAGACAGUACGGGAUUGCGAGACUUCUGGGGUGCUGUUAGGUAAUACUAACGAUGUUAUCGGAAGAGCUCGGGGUACAGAUUCUCGGGUUAUGCCAAGUUCAGCUACGGCACCCCUACCGCCCCGACAUGUGCAACGUACCGCAGAUGAAGAUGGUUGUGGGUUGGAGAUUGACAACGAGACAGCCAUGCGAAUGGAAGCAUCUCGGAUUACCGUAUUGACAUGGUUAGAGAGUUUACCUAGUCCAAAGGUGGUUCACCUAAAAGAGCAGAAUUCUAUGGGGUUUGCUGAUGAUCUUUCCUUGGGCAAUGGGGUGCUUGAAAUGUGCGAUGAAGAGGACGUGGAGUUUGAUUAUCAGCCAUACGAACCAGGAAUGGACAGGGUUGAGUUAGGUGACGCCUACGACUCCAUGAAUCCCUUCGAGCCUGUUGAUGCUUACAACCACAUCAAUUCUUUUGGGAUGUUUUUGCGAACAGGCUCAUCACAUGUUUAUGCUCCAAGUCGAAUGGUUGAUGUUGAGAUAGCAGCUCAGUAGAGCCGAACUGUCGCUCAUCACCUAUCAUAGCGGCUACCGAACUUGGCUUGGUGUACUUAGACGACACUGGGCGGAUUCUGUUCCUAAUUGACACGAUUCAAACUCUUUUUCCUGGUGGAUUGGGAUUCGAAGCUGGCUGUAGCCUAUGGGGCUAUUCUUGAUAAGUACGACAAGAUCAACGACUGUAGGAGUGGACAGGAGUGUAGGAGUAUCAUAUUUGAUCUUAUCCAUCUUCUUUUCAAUUUAUCUCUGGUUGUAUGCCCGAAUUGAGCAUGACCCAGAGCAGAGGAAUUGCCCCACAUCUGUACAAAACAACAUCGGUUUGGCAGCACUUCGUUACGGGGACUCGUUAGGAAUCUGGUUGCGGAAGUCAAUGACAGUCAUCUCCUCGUCCGGUGCGACGAUAUCUAGACUGUGUCGUCGCAGAAGCUUGAUUGAGGUUGGUUUUCCACUCGACCUUGGGGUUCCGCAGCUGGCUGAUCUAGAUAUUCUUGGAAUUUUAGCUGUGAGUUAGCCCGGUUUCUAAGUAUAUUCUCACGGACCAUGUGCUAUACACUUGAGAGACGCGUAUUUUUUAAUACGGUGUUGUGCAACAGAAACUGAGUGUUCACACAAUCCUUUGACAGUUGAUUACUUGUAAAUGAAAUUUCCAGCGCGGCAGGUGUUUCGCACUUGCCCUCUUCAGGAGGAUGUAUACUCGCAGACAUUUUUCUUGCGUGUUCUCUUUGAAAGCGUUUAAGUGACGUUCCUGCUGAAUACCGCUCACAUCACAA